AAAGUUCUCAUCGAGCCGCCACUUCCUCUUAAACCGCCCGACCGACCGGUCUGCUACACACUAGUCCUUCAAAGGCGGGUAAGGUCGCAACCGUCGAGGUGUAGCAUUUUGUAACAAAAAAAAGAUCAGUCAAGAUGGCAAAGGCUCCUGCAGUUGGAAUUGACUUGGGUACAACAUACUCCUGUGUUGGAGUUUUCCAACAUGGCAAGGUGGAGAUCAUUGCAAAUGACCAAGGCAAUCGCACGACACCUUCAUAUGUUGCGUUCACAGACACAGAACGCCUCAUUGGUGAUGCUGCCAAAAACCAGGUUGCCAUGAAUCCUGAAAACACCGUUUUUGAUGCCAAACGCUUGAUAGGACGUCGCUUUGAUGACCCAGCAGUCCAAUCAGACAUGAAGCACUGGCCUUUUACUGUAACCAAUGAUGGUGGCAAACCCAAGAUAAAAGUCGAGUACAAAGGAGAGUCAAAAACUUUUUUUCCUGAGGAGAUUUCAUCAAUGGUUCUUGUAAAAAUGAAGGAAACGGCAGAGGCAUAUUUGGGAAAGAAAGUUACUGAUGCUGUCAUCACAGUCCCUGCUUACUUCAAUGAUUCUCAGCGCCAGGCAACAAAGGAUGCUGGUACAAUUUCUGGCAUGAAUGUCCUGCGUAUUAUCAAUGAACCUACUGCUGCAGCUAUUGCAUAUGGUCUUGAUAAAAAGGCUAGCGGUGAGCGCAAUGUUCUCAUCUUCGAUUUGGGUGGUGGCACUUUCGAUGUCUCCAUCCUGACAAUUGAGGAUGGCAUCUUUGAAGUAAAGUCUACAGCUGGAGACACACAUCUGGGUGGUGAAGAUUUUGACAACCGUAUGGUCAACCACUUUGUGCAAGAGUUCAAACGAAAGCACAAAAAGGAUAUAUCUGACAAUAAACGUGCUGUACGACGAUUGCGUACUGCAUGUGAGCGAGCAAAGAGAACCCUGUCAUCAUCCACUCAAGCGAAUAUUGAAAUAGAUUCUUUAUACGAAGGCAUUGAUUUCUACACCAGCAUUACUAGAGCUAGAUUUGAGGAGUUGAAUGCCGAUUUGUUCCGUGGUACACUAGAGCCAGUUGAAAAAGCCAUGCGGGAUGCUAAGCUAGAUAAGGCCUCCAUCCAUGAGAUUGUGUUGGUGGGUGGUUCAACUCGCAUUCCCAAGAUUCAGAAGCUGCUUCAGGAUUUCUUUAAUGGCAAGGAGUUGUGCAAAAGCAUCAAUCCUGAUGAAGCUGUUGCUUAUGGUGCUGCGGUCCAGGCUGCCAUUUUGCAUGGAGACAAGUCUGAGGAGGUGCAGGACCUUCUUUUGCUGGAUGUUGCCCCCCUUUCUCUUGGCAUUGAGACUGCUGGUGGUGUUAUGACUGCUUUGAUCAAGAGAAACACUACCAUCCCUACAAAGCAGACUCAGACUUUCACAACCUACUCAGACAACCAACCUGGUGUGCUCAUUCAGGUGUAUGAAGGAGAGCGUGCAAUGACCAAGGACAACAACCUGCUGGGCAAGUUUGAGCUCACCGGUAUCCCACCAGCACCUCGUGGUGUGCCGCAAAUUGAAGUCACCUUUGAUAUUGAUGCAAACGGCAUUCUCAAUGUGUCAGCAGUAGACAAGAGUACUGGCAAAGAAAAUAAGAUCACUAUCACAAAUGACAAAGGUCGCUUGAGCAAGGAGGAAAUCGAAAGAAUGGUCAAUGAUGCUGAAAAGUACAAGGAAGAUGAUGACAAGCAGAAGAAUCGAAUUUCAUCAAAGAAUUCACUGGAGUCUUAUGCAUUCCACAUGAAGUCGACCAUUGAGGAUGAGAAGGUUAAGGACAAGAUAUCUGCAGAAGACAAAAAGACCAUUUUGGACAAGUGCGAUGAAGUCAUUCGCUGGCUGGAUGCCAACCAACUUGCAGAGAAGGAAGAAUUUGAUGACAAACAAAAAGAACUGGAAAAGGUUUGCAACCCUAUAAUUACAAAGAUGUAUCAGGCUGCUGGUGGUGCUGGUGGAAUGCCCAAUUUCGACCCCAGAAGUGCAAGUGCUGGUGGAGCAGCUCAUGGAGGAAGCAGCGGUGGUGGUCCAACAAUUGAAGAGGUUGAUUAAAGAGACUUCUCUAGGGGGGAAACCCUUAGCUUUAUGUGAUACAAGUACUUUUGUGACUUUUUUUUUCAAGUAUUCUGGAUAGCAAUUAAAUGGUGAAAAAUCCAAGGAACAAGAUAAACUAAUUUCACAGGUCAAAGAUUUCCCCAAGAAAUGUUUUUGGUGUUUGCAGAAAACAUGCUGUUGGCAUCCUGUAAAACAAUAUUUGCAUUAAAAGAAAAUGUCUAAAAGACUUACUAA